ACGGAACCGGUCCCUGGUACCCCAAAAGUGCCAUUGCUGCCUUACCUGACACAGGUCUCCUUUUCUUCUUAGGACCACCUGCUGCUGCCUGCCAUCAGCCACAACAAGACCUCUCGCCCUAAAAUGUCCCUGGUGAUGCCGGCCAUGGCUCUGAACGAGAGCCUCUACGGCUCCUCCCUGGGCUACGAAGUCAUGAUGCAGGUCGACUGCGAGGUCAUGGACACCCGCGUUAUCCACAUCAAGAGCUCCACGGUGCCCCCUUUCCUGAGGCGCCAAGGCACCACCCCAUCCGACAACCGCACCCAGCCGUCCCCGCCGGCCUUUUCUGGGAAAACCCCCCGCACGACGUUGCGGUCUCAUCGCUCCACUCUGUCCACGGCACGGCGGCCUUCCCCUCGCACCCUCUACUUUGGGGAACACGGAGGGGGCUAGCGGGAAAUCUGGAAAAGGCGGAGAAGACAUUCCUGGAAGUGACAUUCUUCCAACCAGGGACUUGGAUGUCCCUCCCGCCCCCCGCUCCUCGGGGCCACCCCUGCCCGAAAGACGGAUGGGUAUACCGUACGCUGGUUGGGCAGAUCUGGGGGCCUCUCCUCUCCUCUCUCCCACCCCUCAAGCCUCUUAAAAAGUUCCUUGGUCCACGCCCAACUGCCGCUUCCAAGAAGGCUUCAUUGGAGUUUUCUCCCACAAGGAGGGGGUCGCGUGCUGAGCUGCUGCUGCUGCUGCUGUGGGGGCCUGGGCCCGAGCAUUGCCCCAAAGAAACCUCUGGCUCAUCUCCUUGGGGUGGGGGGAGGCCAAGAGAGAGCUGGGUGAAAUAUAAGGGAAGGACACAAGAGGUGUCCACAACUACUGUCUGCAAGCUGGGAAGCGUGAAGAGUGUAAAGAAGGAUGAAUGUUCUCCUUUCCCCAAACGAGGGAGAGACCAAAAGACGAGAGUGUGAGUGGGUUGAGUGUGUGUUGAAGUGUGUAUGCUGUCCUCUUCAAAAUUGCUCUGGUGGCACUUAGGCCUGCUGUCCUGGGUCCUUUUUUUGUGUGUGUUUGUAUUUUCCCUAAUUGUGGUUUGUUGUUUUUUUUUUAAAUAAAGAAU